AACGACGGCAACCGCGGUCGGCCAUUACUGUCGCAGUUGUCGUACCGUGCUCUCGUAUCCGUUACGUACAGUCUCUCCCCUCCCCCCCGGGCACCGUCAACGUUUUUCUCGUUGCUCUUGUCCGUGUGGCGAAAACAUUUUCUCGUUGGCUCCGUCAACAAACGGUCAGAACAUCAAGAUGACUGAAGACUACUUCUGGGGUGUCACUUUGGACAAAACAAAGAAUACUGAAGUUUGGGACCCUGAUGUUAAACCCGAUGCUAAUGACAGUUCUCACGUUUUCCGAGGUGAACACACUUUACUCGUGAAACAGGCUGUUCUUGGACCAGAUGUAGCCGACGGUGAAGUGAAUGUUAUUGAAGUGGAAGCAAUGGGUUAUAAGUCAGAUAUCAAGUUUCCCGUUGUUGUUCUACGAGGAGGUGGUCAUAGCCAAUGUGUACUUGAUCUUUUGUUCCCUGAUCCACCAGUUACAUUUAAACUUGUAAAAGGAAAUGGCCCUGUUCAUUUAUUAGGCAACCAUUCAGUUGGUACUGGCGAAGGAAUGGCUGACGAAGAAGAUGAUGAUGAAAUAGAUGAAGAAUUUGAAGAAGAAGAAGAAGAAGUGAUCGAAGAAGAAAAAAAUAGUGUAGACGAAAAAAAACGUAAAAUAGCUGCUAAUUCAAAUUCAAAAGGAGGGAAAGCAGCCAAGAGGCCUAAAGUAGACGAAUCUAACUGAACAUCGGGUAUGUUCCUGGAUGUAUAAAUUCCAAAUAAAACAAGAGACGCUGUCCUCUGGAUUUAUUUAACAACUAAGUUUUUUUAAUUUCAAAUUUUUUUUUUUAGUCCGAUCUGUAUGUAUUAUGUGUUAGGUAGAUUUUUAAACUUCAUAAGGAACCUAUUAACUGAAUGCAUCCAAAAUAUUGAAGUAACUAAAA